UAGUGGGCGAAGCCGUGGAUGCCAAUGCUGCUAAGCAACUAAAGCAAUCUGAACACAUCCAUGAGAGACCUACCUCUCUGAUACUACAAAAGGAGGUCAGUAAUUCUGAGUACAGAGGCGGGCAGGCUAAGGCCACAGAGAUGGAUCAGGAAGAUCAGGAACAAGGUGCCAAAAAGGAAACUGCCAAGGCAGACAGGAUGAGGAGUCCUCUCGGAGCCGGUGUUGUCCACGGUGUAAUGGGCCCGGGCCAAAAAGGACUUUCAAAGGAACAGCGUCAGGAACUGAUUCAUAAACACACGGUGGAAAGGGUUGCACCUGGUGGCAAGCAUCAUCAGAAAACAACGAAAACCCGAACGCACGGCAGCAAUGUCCAAGAGCUGAAGGAGUACCUCUCUGGUUCACCAAAACCAGCGAAAAAGGCUGAUCAACGGCAAGAACGAAAGGAAAAAGUUGUUAAAUCCCUAAAAGAUCCAAAGUCUCUCACUUUAGAUCUUUCCCAGGCAAAGAAGACCAAAGACGUUGCUGCCCCUGCCCCUGCCCCUGCUCCUGCACCCCAACAGGAACCGUUGCCAGAACAACCAAGCCAGCCCAAACGUGUGGCUAUUGGUAUCUCACCCACUGAAGCUACAGAGGCCACCAGGACCGAGGAGGAUCAAACGAAAGAGAAGCAAUGGUACGAAGCAGACGAGUACGUAAAGUCCGCGAAAGCGCAGGAAGACUUGAGAAAAGAGCUGCAGUCUCUCCGGAGAGAACCGGCGGCCAGCCUAGCGCUCGCUAUUGUAGAGAAGAAGGACAUGGCCUCUCAGGAGAAGAUGCCGGAUGGUGUCGAGGAGGACAUAGACGAGAGUACACCUUCUUCUGCCGACAGCGACAGUGACGACUCGAAGUCUUCGUUGAAAAAAUCGAAAGCGAGAGCAAAUCUUAGUGCCAUUCUAUCCCCCAUCGACGACAAAGAUGCUCCUCCGGAAGAUGACCUUGAAGAAGAUGAUGACAGGCCAAAGUCAAAAGCGGAACAGCAGGCAGAAUUACGCGCCAUCCGUCGGCAACGUCCGCGAACCCCUCCUGGUAGUUGCCUCUCCCCUAUAGAGGACUUCUCUCCACCGUAUGAGCAUGCAAAACCGAUCCUCUCUGUUUCAACAACACCGCCUUACCAUUCUAGGCUUCCACAGGAAAUACCAAAAAUUAUCGUUACCCAGAGGGUCAGCCCCGAGCAAAGCCCACCCGAGAAGCUACAAGAAGAAUUCAGGGAAGAAAAAGACAUUUCCACUUCAUCUACUGUUGUAACUACUGUUGUAACUGAGCCUCCGGUACCGAAAGAACAGACAGAAAAGUCGAAGAAGAAAUCAUUCGAGAGCAAUGAUGCAAAACAAGUCCUCAAGUCAAAGAAAAAUGAGAGCACUGAGAAAGAAAAAAAACCUACACACUCUGUAUUCGAUCGACCCGAGCGUGACAGUCAAAGAACUAUCAUGGUGAAAUCAAAAUCAGGUGAUUUCCCUAGAUCGACGGUUGAAAUGUCGAGCACGCAAUCUCGUACGGAGAGCCAAUCAGCUAAGCCAGACACAUCCGGAGCAUCUGAGCCAUCUUCAGUAGGCAUUACGUCUCCCACACAGAUGUCGUCUGCGGCUCAUGCAAAGGGUUACAGCAGUGAUAGCGAUGCGAGCAGGCCGCACAGAGUGCGCAGAAGGCUCCCCGAUCUCCCUCCAGGCGCCACACCCAGCCUGCCGAAGACCGGGCCCGAGAAGCAGCGAGAGCGCCAAGCGGCCAUUGAGAGUCUGCAGCAGAAGCGGAAGCAGGAGCGGAUCAAGAUGGAAACUACGGACGCUUCGAAAGCCGGUGAGCGAUCUGCUGAUAGAAUGACAGAGCGAUCAACCGAACGGCCAGUUGAGCGAACAGUCGAGCGGACAGCUGGGCGAACAGCCGAGCGGGCAGCUGAACGGACAGUCGAGCGGACAGCAGACAGAACAACUGACCGUUCAACUGAGCGCAAAAAGAUGAUGGACUUAGAGAUGGCGCGGAAGCAGGUAGAGAAGGCCCGGCUAAGAGCCAAGCUGCGGGCCGAGGGGAAGCUGCACCUGGACUCCAUCCUCUCCCCUCCUGAUGACAGGGGAUUCUACUCGGACAGCGAAAUCAGCCGCACCCGAGCCCUCUCUGCCGAACGAGAAGCAGCCGCAGCUACAUCUGACCAGGAAAAAUCAGGGAUCAAAGACCGAACAUCCGAAAAGGUCGAUACUUACUCGCUAAAGAGCGGGUGGACGUACCAGCCAGCAAGCGCGAAAGAAGAAAACAACAAAUCAUCUUCGCGAGAUACUGAGGUAGCAAGAGAGGGCAGGGCAGCGAGGCCGGAGGGUAUAGCUGGUGGGGAUGCGGCCGUCCCCACCAGGGGCAGGCGGGAGAGAAGGGAAAUGCGUGACGACAUGACGCACGACAGUAGGCGAUCAAGUCGCAGCAGCAGUCCAGAGCUUCCAGAGGACGAGUCAUACAAAGCCAUGAUGGAGAAGCGAAUAAACUACGAAACCGUGACGGACAUUUCUGAAAUCAUUAAGGAGAUAGAGACCGAUGCAAAUCGCUUGUUUGGGCUGGAUGAGUUGGACUCCACAGAGCCUUCUAGCACACAAGGUCGAAAGGGAACUUCUUUCCCAGCCCAAAGAAGAGUACCAUCUCUUCACGAUCUCCUUGAUGAUAGUUCUUUUCCGGAAGAAAAGCAAGAGAAGACCACCUCAGCAAAGGACUUGGCAGACGAGCUAGAGCAGAGCGAAGAAUUCAAGACCCUCCGUAAACAGUUGAGUGAAAGUGGAUCGAAAAUUACUUCCCCUCCAGUAGAUUCCCCUAGGCAAGCAGCAAGUGUAGAGUCGUUACGACGAGAAGAGAGGAAACAGAAAGCAGCAGUCGCAGACGCCGGAGGAUUGAAACAUACUAUCGCACCGCCAUCAGCCACACCAUCAAUGCCUAAGAAGAAACAUAGGCGACAGGGCUCGGACCCACUGAGCAGAUUCUCUCCAAUCAGGGAAACCCCUGGAAACGAGCUCCAUUCGAGUAACUCCCACGAUGGGUUUGGAAGGGUAUACUCACUUGACCCAAUCGCAAUCGAGUCCGCCAGAACUACAGCCGAGGCGGGCAGCUCUAUGACCCUUCCGAGAACCCGAGAGGCGUCCCAAUCAUCGCUGGCGCAGUCGAGGUCUCCCAGCCAGCGGAGCAUCAUCGGCAACGAGACCAUGUCACAAAUAGAGAAGGCCAUGCACAGGCGAGGCUCGACGUCUGGGGACGACGAUGGCAAGAAGUCUAGAAUUAGGUACGAAAUUCUACUGGAAGGGAAGUACAAGCAGGUGGAAUCUGUAGAUAAGGAAAGACUUAUACAAGCCAGUGCGUCUCUAGAUAGAGGGGUGUCUAAGUCGGCCUGGCAUGUUGGAUCAUUAGAAAGUAUCCCUGGAAGAAAUUCGGCAGGACAUAUGCGCAGAGGCCCCCGACAAAUGUACGCGUCCACAAGCAGACUGUACUCGACGGUGCGGAAGCCCACAGACUUAAACAUUCGUGCCGACAGUCUGCCCAGACGCAGUCGAAGUAGGGACUACAAGGACGACAGUCCUGUAAGUCCGGUAGGUCCGCCCGGAUCAGCACCCAUCUCCAUACCGCCGCGAAGGAGCCGCAGAGGGGACCUCCCCGUGGGAAGCGCCGCCAUGGCGCACUCAUUCCCCGACCAUGAGAUGUUCGGCAGAGGAAGAGGCUAUGAUGACAGACAGCCCUUCUCCGAUGAUGAAACCUACACAGGGACGUUCCGCCUGCACGACUCGGUUGCGCAGCUCUCCCGCGACGUCUGGAACGAAAUGGACGAAGAUGACCAGCCAUUCAUGGAACGGCUGGAGGAGGGAGGUGUCACCAUCCUGGAACAGCACAGAAAAAGAAAAGCACAACGACCAACAUCCAUGUACGAGUUCCCGACAAGAAAGUACUACCUCAGCAGGGACCCCAAGGACAGGUCUGUUCAAGGUAAUGGCCUGGGUCUACGAGUGGUCGGUGGGAAGGAGAUACCGGGCGGACGGGGAGAAAUCGGGGCAUACGUGGCCAGAAUAUAUCCCGGUGGUGUUGCUGAACAAGUUGAAGGGCUGUUCGAGGGUGCACAGGUGCUGGAGUGGAAUGGAGCAAAGCUAACAGGCAAGACAUACGAGGAGGUUCUGAAGAUUGUCAGUGUGUCCAACGGAGAAAUAGAAAUCGUCAUCAGAAGCGAUUUUAACAUGCUGUCGGACACACAACAUCAAUCAGCAGCUGACAGGAAAAGAUCUGGCUUUGGUCCUUGCAGGCAGUAUUCCAAGGAGUCGGCCGUGGACCCUGACCAACUCGCCGUGCAACUGGCCACCAUGAGAGAAGAGAAGCGACCCAACAACUCCGACAUUUCCUCCUGGUCCCAACAUGGGCACACUGCCUCCCCCAGUAACAUUGCCUCACCUAGUCUUUCCACUGCUUCCAGUACAGCUCCUAGUCCAAUCCUGCCAGCGUCACCUGCCAUGGCGAGACAAGCCCCACGCAAGCUACCAUCAAAGGAGGCGUCUAAAGAAACUGAUAUAACUGGUGAAAUUGAGCUUCAGAUGCGAUACGACGAGACCACAAAAGACUUGAUCAUCAACAUCAACAGGGCACGCAACUUGGCCGCCAAGGACAUCAAUGGUUUCUCCGAUCCCUUUGUCAAGGUCUACCUGCUCCCUGGAAGGAAUGCUGAGAACAAGAGAAGGACAAAGUACAUUCCAAAAACCCUCAACCCAGAAUGGAACCAGACUGUCAUAUACAAGGGAAUCACCAAAGAGCAGCUGAAGUCUAAAACUGUGGAGUUCACUGUAUGGGAUUAUGACAGAUUCACCCCAAACGACUUCCUUGGUGAGGUGUUGAUAGAUCUCUCAGAUGCCAGUUUCUUGGACAACCAGCCCCACUGGUUCACCCUGUAUGAGCAUGAUGAGAACAACAGUGCAGAGCUGCCCAAGCCCAAGACUCUGUCCCCCCUCACCCCGAGUAAGACCUUCCGCACACACCAAGGCAAGCAGGUGGACCUACAGAAGAGUAGGAGCCAUCAGAGCCUCAUCACAGCUGCAGAUGAAGAAGAGUAUGAGAAAGCACGGAGGAGGUACUACAAAGCCCAGAGCCUGACCAACAUCCACCAAGACGAGCCUACAUACAGAUACAGGAGAACAAGGAGUUCGCUUGGAGAAGAGCUAACUUCUGAUAGAAGACUAAGUCUCCAGCAUGGCUACGGAGUCAGUCUACCGUUUCGAGAGGUCUCACCUAGCCGCAGAUUGAUGCAACAGCACCAAGCUGAGCGCAGAAGAGCAGCACCCGUUGGUGCCCACAGUACACAGGGACCACCCCCUGGAGCUCGCACAAGGUCACGGUCAAGGUCACCUGCCAAUCAUCAAGGUCAACAGCCACCACCACCAGGUAACCAGAUGUCCUCUGUGAUGUCUGACAGCCCGCUGACUUAUCGGAAGCGAUUUGUAAAUGAACGCCACCAACCGUCAUCCCUGGCACGCAACCACGUGUCAUCUUCCGAUACCUCUAUAGUGCAGAUGAGGGAAUCUCCCCAAACGAACAUUCAGAACUGCUCUCCUGAAAAUCAGCCAGGAAUAAACAGUGUCUGCUGCAUGCAACUGUGCAACAUUUAUAAGAACCUUCUAGGCGAGGACGAGUCAUCCCACAGUGAACCCGCCACGCCUCGGUCAGCCGCAGAGCGCGACAGGAAGGUCCCCAGUUUUCACGGGAAGCAUGACAGAGACGACCUACGCAAGCAGGUUGCCAGAAAGAAGCUGGACUCGCUGGGAUCGAGUGCCUCGUCCAAUGGGAGCCUGAGUAGUUUACAGAGCGGGGAGAGCAGCAGCACGGGGUACAGCGGGGGUGCACCGCCCUCGGGGUGGCCAGGGAGACAAAAUUUAAGUGGGAUGGGGAGACAUCAUCCUCAGGAGGACAUGCAGCGUCACCAUAUCAACAACCAGAGAAGGGAAGUGUCACCGACAACAGAGGAAGUGGAUGAGAUGUUUAACAGCACUACCCGACUGGAAAGACUGCCCUCCUCCCCUAGGCCAACUGAACAGGAGGGCAGAAAAAGCCCGCAGUACCAGACGUGGGACACCAUAGAACAGCAGGUGGACAGUGAGGGGAACAGGAUGAUGUCCAGCCCCAAACAUACCAUGUACUCCCAGAUGGCUGUGGGUGAGCUGGGGCCUGGGCAGCUCAUGGAUCCAGGGUCUAUGGGUAACCCUGAGGUGACAGCCGAGGUGCGGCUGAACCUGCGUACAGAGAUCCAUGACCAGGGGGAGAUGCUGAUGGUGCACAUCGUCAAUGUGCAGAACAUCACAUACCGCUUCAAGUCGGAUGACUACCUGCCAGAUCUCUAUGUGAAGUGUUACCUGGUGGUGGGGAACAGGAAGGUGGCUAAGAAGAAGACGAGGACCUGCAAGUCUGACCGGGAGCCAGAGUUCAACGAGAUGCUCAAGUUUGACUUGGAGUUUGGAAAAUCAAUUUUGCAGGUGAAUCUCCUGGAAGAUGGUGGCAAGUUUGGUCGGAACACCCUGAUUGGGGAAACCCUGAUCUGGCUAGACAACGUCAACCUACAACACGGGGUGAAGGCCUGGUACAAGCUCAUGCUUCAACCCAUGCCCAGAGUCAGUCCUGAUAGACUCAGAGCAUCAGAGCGAUGAACAAUGCAGAGAUAAUGUGUCUCAUCCUCGCACUCUCGAUGCAAGAAGUCAACGAUCCUUGAAAAGAUGGCCAAGGGACAUUUUGAUGUGUGCAAUAAGGUCUACAGAGGGUCACGAUCACAAGUCGGAACAGAAACACUGACUUUGAUGUUUACCGGUCGUACCAUCUAAUCUGCUUGUGAUGUCUUGUGUGACAUGCUCUUCUGCAUGAUGUAUCCAUGGAUGUGGUCAGAUGGGUAUAAAUGUACCGUAUUAGAUUACAACGAUGUCUCUACAACAGUUGGUGUACAUCAAAAAGAAAUCUUGUCAGAGAGAAUUCCAUGACUGGUGUGAAAGGUUAUUGAUGUGUCAAUACAGAUAUGUGGAAAAAAAACUUGCUGAAGCUUCACUGACGCAGUACUGUAAUUCUAAGUCGUCUUCUGCGUGAUUUGUCCUACCAUUUAUUGCAGCAGCAUACAGCACUGGUACUGUGCUGGCUAUUGAUACUUUCUUUCCUUCUAAAGAAUGAAGAGAGUGAAUGAAGUGCUGCCAGAAGUAGCAUGCUUGAAAAUUUGUCCAAGUAUGCUUUCGCAGUCUUUGCAGCCUUCCAAGAAACAAGGUGCCAAUGGCAGAGUGGUGAAGGAACAUUUUCAGUGUCCUUAAUGUGUACAUAUUUUUAAAUGUGAUAUCGAUUUUCGUUUUGUACAUGUCUGUACCAAAGACAAUAUUGCAACUGAAUCAUAGUAGACUAGUCUGUUGUACUUAUUGCCUUCAAUGUUACUUAAAAGGACAGGUACUACAAAAUUGCUAAAAAGGAAGGGAAUUUAUUCUAUGAUGAUUGCAAAUCUUGUUUUAUGUACUUAAUUAGUUAUGGUAAUGUCUGAUGUCAAUUGAUUUAUUUGAGAACCAGUUGAUAUGAACAUCACUUUAAGGUGAAUUUCUUUUGUACAUGUACAAAUCGAUGCUCAAACUUGGUAGCAACCUAAAAAGUGAAACAGGUUGUUUCUGCAUCACAAUAGAUAAGAUAUCCUCCAGAUACCUUCAAGUUGAUGCAAUGUCAUAGAAUUAUACUUGCAAAGUCAGUGUUCCUGUGUGUGUAUGUGGAAAUUUUUAUACUUUUUUACAUCUCAUGUCCAGUGUGAACAAUUGUGAAAACAAAGUCUUUCCAUUUGAUGUGCUUAGAAUGUCAAGUUGAAUGUCUUCAUUUAAGACAAAUGUGAACAGUGAUGUUUCGUGGCCAAAGGUCGGCCCAACAAAAGUGUACGAAAGGACUCUUACAGGGUAGCUAAUUGUUCUUCCGUGGUGCACAAAGCUGUGCCCUUCUGUGCUUGUUGUGAAACAUGGCAGUCUGACACUGUUACUUAAAGUGUAUAAAGUUUAGAGCCGUGACCAUAGAAAUUGGAUGUUAUAGACAGUUGACUGUAGGUUGAAAAACUCUACUACAUUGCAAGUUUAUACUUUAACCUCACUUUCUGAACUACAUUCUAGUAUGGUCAAAGUAAGAAAACAUAACAUGGUUCGUACUGUAUCACAUGAUAUCUCUCUCGAGCACAAUCAAAAGAACACUUUUAUGGCUACACUGCAAACAUAUCUACUACAAUGUAAAGUGCGAAUUGAAAGUACAUAUGUCAAAUCCGUUGCAACUACACAGCAUUUAAAGUGGACUUCGUAGCACAAAUCCUGAAAGUCAGGAUACUUCAGUCCACUUUUGUGGCUAUCUUGGACAUUCGGCACUCUAAACCUAUUCCAACCACUGCAUCAUUACCCCUAUGAAUAUUCAUGAAGGUUAUGUUAAUGUAUGUUUAACCUACUCCCUACUGAAGUAGUUUUUUGGCGACAAAUUUGCAUUGGUUAAAAGAUUAGGCAGCAGGGAGAGGUUAAAAAAGUUCCAAUUCUGAACAAUACGACCAGAAUGGUGAGUCUACAGUACCUGUACAGGUUGUCACGUGUGAUGAGCAUGCAAAUGUGCAAUACCGUUCUGUUGAUCGGCAGAUGUAAAAAUUGAUAAGAUUAAUGUCGUGGUAGGUCUAUAAGUAGAUAAAGGAUUGUCUUGAAGAAAGUUGGUGUACAUCCCAGGCACUCUUCCCUGUGACCGUUUCCUUCUCAGCAGGAAUUUGCUCAUGUAAAUUGAAAUAAAGAAACAUGCAGACUUGA